AUGAAGGCCGUUAGUUUCAGUGGACAGUUGAACCGACUCCUAUCUUACUUUUAUGAUAUUUCUGAGGCCGCUUCGGCCGACUGCAUAUCACCGGUUGACCUUAUCGAUAAUAGUGUCUUUUCAUCGCAGACAAGUGCCAGUGGAGUUAAUAGCCAACCAAAUCCCAAAUCUACGGAACGCAGUCUAGCCCUCCGAAUUUUUAACGAAGAGCUCCUCCUAUGGCGUCAGUAUGCUACCCUGCCCAGUACCAGUCGUCACCCUGCUCCAGGCGGUGAAUGCACUGUUGAUCACAAGUUGCCUUUCUCUCGCCAUGUGAAACUUGCUCCGUCAAUCAAAAAAGCCAUAUGCUCCAGCAACGAUCUCAGAGACGAAUUUCUGUCCUUCUUCCAAGACAGGGGUCACAAAAUUGUUGCGCCUUCAUCCGUCUACCCAAAACGGCAGGAGGGUAGUUAUUUUGUAAACGCAGGCAUGAAUCAAUUCAAGGAACUUUUUCUCCAAACCCACGAAACGGAGUCUGAAUUUACACGCCUCCGUCGUGCCGUCGACUGCCAACCCUGCAUUCGUAUUGGUGGGCGUCAUGAUGACCUGAAUGACGUAGGGUACGACACCUACCAUCACACCAUGUUCGAGAUGCUGGGCAACUGGUCUUUCGGCGACUACGGAAAGGAAACCGCCUGCCGCCAAAUGUGGAAAUUUCUGACUGAGGUCUUGGGUCUUCCGGCUAAAAGCCUCUACGUGACGUACUUUGGAGGAUGUCCAGAUUUGGAUCUUCCAGCUGAUGAUGAGACCCGGGACAUCUGGAUGGCUCUCGGUGUGAGUGACCAAAAGCUACUGCCCUUCGGCUUCGAACACAACUUCUGGCGGGCCGAUCAAGCGGCGGGGGGUGGCCUUUGCGGGCCAGCAACGGAAAUUCAUGUGGACUAUCGAGCACUCUCGGGAACCGAGGACUUGAACUGUGCACGCUGUCUUGUGAACGCUGGUGAUCCACAAGUCGUUGAACUGUGGAACUGUGUUUUCAUUACCCAUCGUCUCCUGCAGGACUCGUCGGGUAAAAACCGUCUUUUACCCCUCCCUAGUCUCAAUGUGGACACUGGGAUGGGACUGGAACGUCUGGCAUCUGUCAUGCAGGGAGUGAUGACGACCUACGAUACGGACAUUUACUCCCCUCUGAUGUCGUUCAUUGAGGCGGAGUCAAAACGCGUCACCGGAUCAUCCCCCUCCGCGUAUGAAGGUCAUUUUCACUGUCCUAAACCUGCUCAAGAGGACUGUACUGGAGCCUCAUCAUCUGACGCCCAAGCCUCACCAGGUCACCUCGGGUCCAUAUUCCACUCGCUAUUUUCCCGUCAUAAAACUUCGGAUAAGAAGAAAGCUGUCAUUUGGGAAAGGCAGCCUGUUUUUACACCUCUCCUGAGGGAUGUGGCAUAUCGUGUUUUGGCUGAUCACAGUCGGGCUUUGGCCCUUGCUCUCCAGGAUGGCCUCCUGCCGGGCAGGCAGGGUGUGCAGUUGAAGCUGCGACAUCUUAUCUAUCGGGCCUCGAGGGCCGCCAUUCUCAGCGAUCUCGACUCACCGGAAAAGCCACAACUCCUUGGCAGGCUCGUUGCUGAAAUAGUUCGUACUGCGUCGAGUGUGAACCAGGCUUUUGACGUGCAAGGGCCCUCCGCACGUAGACCUCCCGCGGUGACUCCCGACCAGGCAUCUGGCAUAAUAAAUCAGGAGUUACAUGACUUCGCUCCGCGACUGAUGAAAAUGGAGGCAGCCUUCCAGACAUGUCUAGAUGAUAUGGGCCCAGGUGAUUCUCUGACGGCCGUCCAACCACUACUCGCUACACUGUCUGCCAUUGUUCUGCCAAACAAACCCGAUGCCUCGGCAUCUCCCACAAUCGUUUGUGAUCCCUCACUGCUGGCUCAGACCCUCUCGACCCUAACCAAUUCUGCGGACGUCUUUGGGCUGGUUUUUGACAGUACCAACUUUUUCAGUCCCUCUGGAGGUCAGGCUAGUGACACCGGUCACAUAAUCUGCCCCACCUCAAAGAAAGUGUUGUUUGAAGUCCAGUGCGUCGAGAGAUGCAGUCGGGAGGCCAAGGAGAGCGGUUGGGUUGUGCACUGGGUCAGACCAUCUGGAAACUCAACCGCGUCUCUGACUACACCGCUCCAGUUUCUUCUGUCCCCCGAUAAGCCGGAUCGUUGCUACGUCAAGCUGACUGUCCUCACUGAAUCGACCACCGAGGAGGCCGACGAGGACCUCACAUUCCUGCGGGAUUUGAUAUGCAGGGUCGAGGAACGUUGUCGUGCUGUCAUUGCUGCCGACCUACCCAUAAGUGUCAAGGUCAUGCCCUGGACGGAGACAUCAGAGGUUCGGCUUUCCACAUAUUCUCUUUCCUCUUCAUGUCUGUGUUUGUUCUUCUAG